AUGACGUCUUCCCCAGGGCUCAGCGAGGAAGAACCCAAACAAACGACGCCGCCACCAGCACCACCACCACAACAGUCACAAAGGCUAGUAGCAGACGAAAAGAAACAGUCAAGCCCAGAUCAGGAGCCGAUAGUUCUCGCGGUCUCCGUCCAGGAAAAGCCGCCCGACGUGGACUCUCCUUCGCCACUCGAACCCGAACACCCCCAACAAACACUCGAAGAAUACGAUCCCUCUGUCGGCGCGAAGCCCUGCUCCCCUUUCUACCGCCAUGCAACACCCUCCUCCAAGCUCGCUCGACUUGCCCCACAACGGAAACGGUCGAAGAGCAUCCCCGUCGGCGUCGGGAGCCCAAUCGACGACCUUGAGGGCCAACGCCCGCCGUGGCAACGGCUCUACGACGUAGAAGAGGGACAGACUGAGGGCAGAGACUCAAGAACGAAGCUAAAACUCUGGGCGCAGAAGAAGAAAUACUGCGACUGUCUGAGCGGACUGAGCAAUGGGCAGCGCAUGGCCGUAAAAAUAGCAAUCGCGGUUUUGCUGGUGGGGAGUAUGGUGGGCGUCGCGCUGGGAAUCACGGCAGCCGUGGGAGGAGGAGUUUGGAGGGGAGAAAACCAUACUGAGCAGAUCGGUUGA